AUGGCAAGUGUGAAGGAGAAUGAUCCAUCUACUAAUUGGGAAACCAGUUUGGAAAGAGUCGAAAAAAAGUUCAAUAUAGAGGAUCACAACAACGAUCAAAACAAGUUUAAAAAGAUUGAGAUGCUGGUCUUCAAUGGCGAGGAUCUUGAUUCAUGGAUUAAACGAUCUAGGGACCAUGAAGAGAGGAAAAAAUUACAGAAUGAAGAGAUAUGCUUACCAUCAGAAGCAAGAAAUGAAAAGGCUAGUUGGCAAAAUGUUGAUCUCCAGGGUUAUAAGACCAUGCAACAGCUUGUAUUCAGAAGCCCAGUCCUCUUAGUGAAAAAGAAAGAUGGUAGCUGGUGUUUCUACAUGGAUUAUAGGGCAUUGAAGAAUGCUACUGUCCCAGAUAAAUUUCCAAUCCCAGUUAUAGAAGAACUGUUUGAUGAAUUGAAUGAAGCAUUCAUAUUCUAA